GCUCAGAGGCAACAGGCUUUUCGCGUCGGAACCUGUCGCCGCACAGCCGAGGAGACGAUCAAGAUCUACGAGGAGAUGCUUGACAGCAACAUGCAGUACUCCUGUGGCUACUUCUACAAGCCUGACAUGACCUUGGACGAUGCUCAGUUCGCCAAGAUGGAGCUGAUCGCCAGGAAGUUGGACUUGAGACCUGGAAUGAAACUUCUCGAGAUUGGCUUUGGGUUUGGAUCUCUCGCUUACCAUCUGGCCUCACGAUAUGACGUUCACAUCAAGGCUUGCACACUCUCCCAGGCACAGAUGGAUUGGGCGAAGGAGCACUAUGGCCAUCCCAACAUUGAGUUCAUGUAUGCAGACUAUCGUGAUGUGCAGGGCAAAUUCGACCGCGUGUACUCAGUAGGCAUGUUUGAGCAUGUGGGGAGAGCUUCCUUCGCAACCUACUUCGACAAAGUCUACGAUGCUUUGGCUGACGAUGGAAUCUUCCUGCUGCACACUCUCGGUUGGGCCAAGCGCGGCGAAUGGAAUCAUAAUGGCUUCGUUGGCAAGUACAUCUUCCCCGGGGGCGAGCUGCCAACGCUGUAUCUUCUCACGGAGGAGUUCUCCGACAGAUGGCACUUGGAGGACUUUCAAAGCUUCGGAAAGAGCUAUGUGCAGACAAUGCGAACUUGGUUAGACAACCUGAAGACGUGGAAUAACAUGGACGAGUUCGACACACGCUUCAAGCGCAUGUGGGAAUAUUACCUCAGCUGCUGCACUGCGGCCUUUGAGAAGAGAAGGAUAAAGGUGUGGCAGUUCGUCUACACGAAGCAGCUGAGCCCCAG